CCCGAGGCUGGGGAGCGGCGGCGGGAGAUGCUGGAGCUGCUCGAGCCGAAGCGGCUGCAUGCAGCAGGCGCCGCGUGUGCCCACCCCGAGUGUGUGUGUGUCCGGCCGGCUGGAGCGGAUCGUGCCCCGCUGCCCCUGGAGGAGCCCUCGGCGGGGCCCGCACUGCACCCCGAGAGCCAGCCAUCGCUUCCUCCCCUCCCAGUGACGGACCGGCGCUGCAGCUCAGAGCCCGGCAAUGCCGUUUGGGUGUGUGACUCUGGGUGACAAGAAGAACUAUAACCAGCCAUCGGAGGUGACGGACAGAUAUGAUUUGGGACAGGUCAUUAAGACUGAAGAGUUCUGUGAGAUCUACCGGGCCAAGGACAAGACAACUGGCAAGCUACACACCUGCAAGAAAUUCCAGAAGCGGGAUGGCCGCAAAGUGCGGAAGGCAGCCAAGAAUGAAAUAGGCAUCCUGAAGAUGGUGAAACACCCCAAUAUCCUGCAACUGGUGGAUGUGUUUGUGACCCGGAAAGAGUACUUCAUCUUUCUGGAGCUGGCCACGGGGAGGGAGGUGUUUGACUGGAUCCUGGACCAGGGCUACUACUCGGAGCGAGACACGAGCAACGUGGUGCGGCAGGUCCUGGAGGCCGUGGCCUACCUGCACUCACUCAAGAUUGUGCACAGGAACCUCAAGCUGGAGAACCUGGUUUACUACAACCGGCUGAAGAACUCCAAGAUUGUUAUCAGUGACUUUCACCUGGCUAAGCUAGAAAAUGGCCUCAUCAAGGAACCCUGUGGAACCCCUGAGUACCUGGCCCCUGAAGUGGUAGGUCGGCAGCGGUAUGGACGUCCUGUAGACUGCUGGGCCAUUGGUGUCAUCAUGUACAUCCUACUUUCAGGGAACCCUCCUUUUUAUGAGGAGGUGGAGGAAGAUGACUACGAGAACCAUGACAAGAAUCUCUUCCGCAAAAUCCUAGCUGGCGACUAUGAGUUUGACUCUCCAUAUUGGGAUGAUAUUUCACAGGCAGCCAAAGAUCUGGUCACAAGGCUGAUGGAGGUGGAGCAAGAUCAGCGGAUCACUGCAGAAGAAGCCAUCUCUCAUGAAUGGAUUUCUGGCAAUGCUGCUUCUGAUAAGAACAUUAAGGAUGGUGUCUGUGCCCAGAUUGAAAAGAACUUUGCCAGGGCUAAAUGGAAGAAAGCCGUCCGUGUGACCACCCUGAUGAAACGACUGCGGGCGCCAGAACAGUCCAGCACAGCUGCAGCCACAGACACUGCUACUGCCGGGGCUGCAGGUGGAGCGACAGCUGCAAGUGGAUCUGCCGCCACCCCUGGGGGCAGUGCCACUCCAGCCACAGCGGGUGAUGCUGCAAAGAGCGAUAGUGCAGCCCCUGCAGACCGCAGCGUCACCCCAGCCACAGACGGCAGCACCACCCCAGCUACUGAUGGGAGCGUCACCCCGGCCACAGAUGGCAGCAUUACCCCAGCCACAGAUGGCAGCAUCACUCCAGCCACUGACAGGAGCGCCACUCCAGCUACCGAUGGCAGAUCCACACCAGCGACGGAAGAGGGCACCGUGUCCACCACCCAAAGCAGUGCCAAGGCAGCUGCCACUCCUGAGCCGGCUUCGGCCCAGCCGGACAGUACGGCCCCAGGGGGCACAACAGGCCAGGCUCCACCCUCUAGUAAAGGGGAUGAGGCUGCUGGCCAGGGUCAGGAGUCUCAGGGGGAAGAGAGCAGCUGAGUGGGCAGGCUGGGGUGGGGGGACGGGCAGGAGGGUGGGAGAGUGGAUGAGGGGCUUCUCACUGUACAUAGAGUCGUUGGCAUGAUGCCCUCGCUCCCCCACCCCUGCCUCCCAGUGUGGGGCAUGCCUGGGGGCUGCAGAAGAGCCUCAGCAUCUCCUGUGUGUAUGUGUGUGCGUGGUGGACAGGCCAGAGGCAGGGCCAGCCCCAGCCCCUGCAUGGAUUCCUUGUGGCUUUUCUGUCUUUUGCUAGCUUUACCAGUUACUGUUCCUUGUGGGAUGCUGCUCUAGGGAUACUCAGGAGGUCCCUACUCCCCUUUGCCUUACCCUUUUGCCUCAUAAUUUCCCCAGGCAGGCCCUGCAGGUCCCAUCCUCCCCCAGGUCCUAAACUUGGGUGGCCUUGACCUGAGAGCUGGUCCUCCAGCGAGGCCCUGUCAGCGGUCUUAGGCUCCUGCACAUGAAGGUAUGUGCCUGCAAUGUGUCAGCUGCGCUAGGAGUAGACACAGGCAGAUACAAAGGAUGCAAAACUAGGGCACUGUGCUUUAAGAUGAGACUGGUUGCAUGGCUGGGGGCCCUGCUUGGUAGCCUGGAGUCCUCAGAAGUAAAGGAGAAUGAGAAGAGGGUAGAAGCUUUCAUCUUGUCCCUGAAAAAUCCUUCCCAAGGCCCUGGAGUUAAUUCUUGCUCUCCUGAGGGUCCUGCAGUGGGUUACUCUGUUCCCUGAAUUUCCUGUGUUUGUAAUGGGAAGGAGAAGCAAUUAGUAUCUGGCCAUGUGAACCCGAAGGGUAGAGACGAAGUUCAGCACUUGGUAUCUCAGUCUGGAUUAGGUCCUUAACCUGGGAGACAGGAUAAGACUAAUUUUUCUUGCUCUUCCUAGCUGGCCCUCCAUAGGUUCAGCCUACAGUUCUCUCAGUCCCAGGGUGGGGUGCCUGUCACAUAGCAGUGUUCCAGAGUCUAAUUUGGGGGGUUGUCCUACACAGGGGCAGAUUUUUCUCCUCUUCCAGUUCAACAACAAAAUGGAGUUCAACAACUGCUUCUAUAUCUGUGGCCCACUACAUUUUCCUUUAGGGUUUAGAGAGAAGCCAGGUGUUUCAAAGCCAUGCUGAAUUGCUUUGAGUGGGAUGAGGAAGUAGAAUAUAGCUCCUGGUUCCUGACAGAGGGUCCUGGCAGGUGCCCCUUGUCAGACCCCAUUAUAGCUGGGCAGGUAGCCACACUGGUCCCAGCCCUUGCUCGGCACUCUGGGGAAGUCUUGCCCUUCUCCCUGCAUGCCUGUGGGUCUGCUCUGGUGUAUGAAGGUCAGUGGGCUGUGUGCCUGCUGAACCUGGCAAAUAAAUGUCACCCUGCCAAAGCCU